UUCAACAAAUUUGAACGAGAUUAGGGUUCUUACUUAAUUCUACUAUUUCCUUUCCGGUCAAGAAAUACUUGAAGAAUCAAAUUCGAAUAGAAAGCUCCAUACAUAAUUCAAGCUGAAAAGAUGGGAGGUCACGGUGGCCUGAAUAUUCUUCCUCAAAAACGAUGGAAUGUUUACAAUUACGAGAACCGCGAAAAAGUCCGGCGCGAUGAGGAAGCUGCGGCUAAAGAAGAGCAGCUCCAGCGCGAACAAUCUCGCAAGCGCGACGCCGAGCUCCGCCUCGAACAGCUCCGUCGAGCACGAGGCUUGUCUAACACCUCAACCUCAACCUCCACGGCCGAAACCAUAGCCGUAGCCCAAGCCCAACCCCAAGCCCAAGCCGAUGAAAAACCGGCUUCGGUAGAGUUGAAAUCUGAAUCCGACUCAAAACACAUGAAUUUGUUCGAAGGAAUUCGAAUUUUUGAUCCGAUUGAUGAGGUUAGAGAAGUUAGCAGAGAUGAGAAGAAGGAAAAGAACAAGAGAGUGAAGAAGGAGGAGGUGAGGGUGGUGACGGCGGAGGACGAGAAGUAUAGGCUAGGGUAUGGACUGGUGGGGAAAGGCGUGAAAUUACCGUGGUAUAUGGCGAAGCCGGGUGGAGAUUUUGCUGAUAAAAAGAUGGUUGCUGAUGAGGAUCAUGAUUAUGGUGGUAAAUUGGAGUUUGGGAGAAGGAAGGAUCGUAGCAAUGUUGGUGCUGAUAGUGAGGGUAGUAUGAAGAAGAAGAGUUUGGAGGAGUUGAGAGAGGAGAGGUUGAAGAGGGAGAAGAGGGAAAAGGAAAGAGAAAGGGCUUUGUUGGGGGAGAAGUCGCGCAGGGAUGGAGGAUUUUCACUGCGGAGAUGACUAUGAGGUUUGAGCAUUCUCCAAAAGGUGAAUCAUAGUUUCAGUUUGGAGCCGUGCUUAUAUCGGAGUCAUGUACCAUAACAUUUCUUAUUUUUUGGCACUCUGUUUUCAUUGGAUGUUCCACAUUCAUGAAAAAUUUUUGGACACUCUAUUGUUAACUGAGCUGAUGGUCUGAACGUCCUCAGAAAAGCAAGAUGUGGAAGAUUCUGCUGUUAUUGUGGAGUUCUCGACAUGAAUUGUGGCCCUGUUUUUUGCAAUCUUAACUGGCACGAGUCUUCUGUCUCUUCUGGUACAAGUUUAAUGGCAGCCAGCUGUGUCAAACGCCCCCUGAUCUUGUAAAUAGCCAAUUAGUUGGAGAUAGUAACGUCAACUUAUGUGUUGCUCCUUGUACUUUGCUGUUACAUAACUAAUACGAUGCUCUUCCUGCAACUGCUAAGUUGUCUAUUUCAGUAAACAAGGAAUAUUAUUCUUUUGGCCUUUUGGAUGUGUGCCUAUGGACUGAUUAUUGUAUCAGAUGAUCUCAAAAAGAGGGUAAAUUGCGCGGUAAGGGGUCUGUUGAUGGUCGGUGUGGAUUGAUUAAUGUAUAAGCUCAAAAGGAGAAUUGCAAUAGGCAGUAGGUCUGUUCCUUGGCGAAUCUCUUAUCAAUCUGUUAUAAUUUGCCAAAAUGCUGCCUUUGUUUUGUAUUCGUCAUUCAUGUUACUGAUUCAGUUGUCAUACAAUGUAAUUGGGCGAGAGGUGGAGAGAUGCAGAUAACAUCGAAGAUCUUUAUUUCGGGGAA